CCUGUUCCUCCUGGCCUGCCUGCCUGCCUGCCUGCCGCCGAGUCAAGUCUGUAAAUGAGUGUGAAGAACUCGUCGGCCUUUCGAUCGGAGCGCAGCCUCCACCAGAGUUCUUCCUCUCUGUCCUCCUCCUCUUCUUCUUCUACUUGCAACGACCCCUAUAUGGACAAGACACGGGGCAUAUUUGGAGAGGAUUUUGGAUCCUUCUUGAGACCCCGGGAUGAGCCCCUCGGAUUCACAGCAGGUCGCACUGGCAAUGCUGGGAAUAUUAGGACUUUGGGAGACACCUACCAGUUCACAGUGGACGUCAGCGACUUCUCCCCAGAAGACGUGAUUGUGACCACGUCCAACAACCAGAUUGAAGUGCGGGCUGAGAAGCUUGCAGCCGACGGCACCGUAAUGAACACCUUUACCCAUAAAUGCCAGCUGCCUGAGGAUGUUGACCCCACUUCAGUGACGUCUGCUCUCGGAGAUAACGGGGCUCUGACUGUCAAAGCCCGCCGCCACCCAACCAAGCAUAACGAACAUGUCCAGCAGACGUUUCGGACUGAGAUAAAAAUCUAAAUGGUGGUACGCGAGUCAGACUUAACUCGCCACCUCCUGGAUGCCCCCCCCACCCCCCCCCACCCCCUCCUCUCCCCUACUGCUUCUGCACAAGAAGAAACCAAGAGCUGCUUUGCUUUAGGGGUCCUUCUCAAGUUGUUGCUUCUUCCCUAUAAAGCGGGUCGAUGAUGGAGGUUGAUAUGCCCGAUGAAACCUACUGGGCCUUAGGAGCCACGCGCUGCCCGCAUACUUGCUUUGUGAUAAAUGAGAAGCCGGUCUCAAAGUCCAAGCUGACUCCUCAGAGCCAGGUAGUAGCCCCCUUGGACGAGCCAUUUUAGACGUGUUGAUGUUUGGAUUCUGAAAGGUAGAUGGAGAUGCUGGCAAAGGCGAAUGGCAUAACAAAAAAAAAAAAAAAUCAUAAUAAACCUGGCAAGGAGCUCGAUAUUAACCAAGCAGCCUGACCUUAACAUGAUGGCGUUCAGAUUGUUUGUAUUUACUACAUUGUUUUGUGUGCUUGUUUUCCAAUAAUAACACUAAUAUUCAAUAAAAGAUCAGAGCCCAAAGGGUAACUUUCCAUUAUACAAACACAAUAUUGCAGAAAGUCAAAAUGGUGGACCACCACGCUCACUGGAACAUCCUAUGGUGGCGACACACACUCUCACACACAAAUGCAUUUACAGUUAGUGUUUCUAUCAUGCUGGGUAUUUGGUAAGAACUGUUUGUUUGUUUGUUGGUUUUUCUUUUGACGUUUGACUUUAUUUGCUUGUCUUUCUCCUCUCUUGGGUCCACUUCAUGGUGGUCUCAACUGUCACCUUGAUUCCAAUGACAUGCGAUCUGAUUCUCUCAACUCCUUUGACAAAUGAUAUUACCUGUUGAUCUUCUAUAACACCAACUUCAUAAAUAAAGUUUAGCGAUAAA